AAGGAGCGCGGCAGCGACAGCGCCCGGCGCCCUCCCCUGCUCCCCGCCCCGACGCUCCGCAGCUGCCGGCAGGGAAAGAAGGACCCGGGAGCAGAUCUGCCCGUCUCCAACUCUCUCCUUCUUUCCUCUUCUUUCAGGAGCCCCCACCCCGCUUUGCCUCUCUCUCCUCCUCCUCCUGCUCUGCAAUCAGGGGAAUAAAUCAGGGAAGGACACACAUGCACACAGAGUGAGCGGGGAUCUGUUACAAAAGUAGCGCUGAUGGCGGCGGAUUAGAUGAAGCUGGAGCUGCUGCUGGAGUAGCAGAGAGUAGAGUAUCUCUCCGUCUCUCUCUUCUUCCCCUCUCCACCCACAGAUCUCCAUCGUUUCUCCUCCUCCUUCCCACCCUCGGCCGUGAUCCCGCUUCUCCACACAUCUCUGGGCUGCGCCUCCUGCGAAGGGGGCGGGUGGGGGGAGCGGAGGAGGCUUUAAAAAACAACAGCCCCCCCCCCACCCGCCACCACCACACCACACACGAUAAUUGAAUUUAUUCUUAUUGCCGUCUCGCCGACUUUGGGGAAGGGGGAUCGAUCUUCGAUCAGGAAGAUGGCUGCUGGCUGGCUGCUGGUUUUUAGCCUGACACUUUUCCAGUCCUUGGUGAUGAACCACUCUUCGGAGGGACCUUUCCCCUCUGCCACCACGAUAAAAUCAUGGGUAGAUAAGAUGCAAGAAGAUCUCGUAACAUUAGCACGAACUGCAAGCGGAGUGGACCAGCUUGCUGCGAUUUAUCUGAAAAACAGAGAUUUGUAUACUGUGGAAGCCAACAACCCUCGUCAGCUUGUGGAACUUGCAGCCAGAGACAUUGAAAAGCUUCUGAGCAACAGAUCUAAAGCCUUGGUGCGCCUCGCUAAAGAAGCAGAAAAGUACCAAGCAUCACAUCAGUGGAGGGAUGAGUUUGGG